AUGUACAGAGGCAGAUCACGUUCAUCUAUGUCUAUCUCUCAGCAGCGGCUGUUAUCCCAGUCGAUGCUGGGAUUGAGUCUAGAGCAGAGAAUGAUUUACUACAUUGGGGUUGAUGUCGGUACCGGUUCUGCAAGAGCCUGUCUCAUUGACUCUAUGGGUAAUAUCAUGUCGUUGGCAGAAAAACCAAUUCAAAGGGAGGAGUUAAAACCAACCUAUAUCACUCAGUCUUCUAAAGAGAUCUGGUCUGCUAUUUGUUACUGUGUUAAGACAGUGGUUCGUGACUCGGGUGUCGAUAUAGAGAGAAUCCAUGGUAUCGGAUUCGAUGCUACUUGCUCAUUGGUGGCGGUUAAUAGCAAGGAUGGUGCGGAUGUUCCAGUGGGACCUGAUUUUGAAAAUCCAGAUCAAAACAUCAUUCUGUGGAUGGAUCACCGUGCAGUUCAAGAGACAGCAGAAAUCAAUUCUACCAAUCACCCGGUUUUGAAAUAUGUCGGUGGUCAGAUGUCGAUUGAAAUGGAAAUCCCUAAGAUUAAGUGGCUAAAGAACCACAUGCCAAGAGAAAAAUUUAACGAUACAGUCUUUUUUGACUUGGCAGACUUUUUGACCUACAAGGCUACUGGAUUGGGAACUCGUUCUUUCAAUUCGAGUGUUUGUAAGCAAGGUCUCUUGCCGCUUGGUGUUGAAGGUUCCAAUAACGGUUGGUCAGGAGAAUUUCUAAACUUAAUCGAUUUGCCAGAGUUGGUAGCAAAUGAUUUUGCCAAGUUAGGUGGUUCUGUUAAGCCUAAGGGAGAUGAUCACAGAUCGAAUUUCUUGAGUGCUGGUCAGUACGUUGGGGCUCUUUCUCCCGAAGCUGCUGCAGAUUUGGGAUUGGCCGAUCACUGUGUUGUUGGUUCUGGUGUGAUUGACGCUUAUGCGGGCUGGGUCGGUACUGUUGCCGCUCAAACUGAUGAAGAGAUUCCAGAAUUGGCCAAAUGUGAAAAGGGCAAGCUGGGUGUCGACAAGGCUACUGGUAGAUUAGCUGCCGUGGCUGGUACUUCCACUUGUCAUGUUGCUCUUUCUAGAGACCCAAUCUUCGUACCAGGUGUAUGGGGUCCCUACAGAGAUGUUAUGGCUCCAGGAUUCUGGUGUGCUGAAGGUGGUCAGUCGUGUACUGGUGCCCUGUUGGCACAUGUGCUCUCUACUCAUCCAGCAUACACAGAUUUGGAACACUUGUCGGAAUCUGCAGGUUUGUCUAAAUUUGAUUAUUUGAAUUCAAGAUUAGAGUAUCUGGUAAAUGCACGUAAGGAACGUUCAGUGGUUGCAUUGGCUAAGCACCUGUUUUUCUAUGGUGACUAUCAUGGUAAUAGAUCACCAAUUGCGGAUAACACGAUGAGGGCUGCUAUUAUUGGUCAAUCUAUGGACAAUUCCGUUGAUGAUUUGGCAUUGCAAUACUUGGGUGCUUGUGAAUUCAUUGCUCAACAAACCAGACAGAUCGUGGAGAUAAUGUGCAAAUCCGGCCACAACAUUUCUAGUAUUUUCAUGUCUGGUGGUCAAUGUAGAAAUGGUCUACUGAUGAGGCUACUGGCAGAUUGUACUGGUCUACCAAUCAUCAUUCCACGUUAUAUCGAUGCCGCAGUGGUUUUCGGUUCUGCUCUACUAGGUGCAGUGGCAAGUGAGUCCUACAAUGCCCAUCACACUAAAACUGAUUUGAGAAAGAGAAGAGCAUCCUCCUUAGGAUCCAAGGACCAGGCUAUUGCAGGUCUUGGUAAAGGUGGAUUGAGUAAAUUGUCAGAAUUACAAACAGAUCAACCUUCGCCAUACACUGCACCACAUGCAACUUCCAGUUCACACAUGGGUGGUGGUUCAUACUUCCCAAUAGUUGGGUCGGAUGCUGCUGCUAAUCUUUCUCCUGGUGAAGCCAUUGCGGAAACUGAAGAUGAGGAAGAACCAGUCACUUUCAAAUCUGUCAAGAGUACAACUCAAGAAAACCUAGCUGAGAAAACCGAUACAAAUUCCAACGGUGAGGAAUUAUGGAAGGUGAUGUAUGACAUGACGGGUGGUGGUAAAGUGGUACGUCCAAACCCUGACACUAACCCAGAUCGUGUGUUGCUAAACGCCAAGUACAAGAUUUUCUUAGACAUGGCAAAUACCCAACGCCAAUACAGAUCUGCCAUCGACAGGGUGGAAGCCAAUUUGAAGGCUCAGAUCACGAAAUGA